AUGGUAAUCUUAAAAGAAAACAAAAAACGAGAUCGAAAAAAGAUACUUGUUCGACCAUUUUUGGUUCUUUGUCCAGAUUUAACUAUUCGAGCGCCUAUUUUAUUCCAAAUGCUUCAACAACAGAACAAAAAUCUACGAAAAAAAAUGGGUAAUGAUAAUCGACGUUCGUACAAAUACCACGUUACCAUAGAAGCAAUAUUAUAUGAAGACAAAAGUUUCAUAUAUCCUACUCUAGACAUUAAAGACUCAUGGUUUCUAAACGUCUUGAUGAACACUUCCUCCGGAGUCCGACCAAAAGCGGCCCUCAACCACCCACCUUCUUCUGUGGAUCUUCUCCAAAAAGAAAGUGCUACUAGUUGUAUUAUUUUGGUAGUAGCAGUUUCUUUUUGA